CACGGACAACAUUCCGGAAAAGAUUUCCGGGUUAAGGGAGUUAUCCCCGAAGUAAUUGAGGUCUCUUUUGGGGUGGAAAGGCUAAUGUUAGCCGUAUUGGAAGAUGCCUACCAGGAAGAGGUGGUAGCCAGUUCUCAAUUAACUCGGGAAGUUUUAAGGCUUCACCCCCUCUUAUCCCCUUAUUUUGUGGCCGUUAUUCCCUUAGAAAAGUCCCUACGAGAAAAAUCCUACCAGUUAUAUUGUGAAUUAUUGAAAAAUGCAACUUUUUCGGUGGCUUACGAGGAAACCGGCAAUAUUGGCAAUCGCUACCGCCGCCAAGAUGCGAUUGGCACCUAUUAUUGUCUCACGCUUGACAAACAAACCCUCCAAGAUGAUACGGUUACCCUUCGCCACCGCAAUAGUAUGAAACAAGAAUUAGAAAGGAUAAAAUGGAGUUUUAGUGAGGAAUAUUACGAAAAAGAACUUGGGAAAAAGUUGACUUCCCCCACGGCGAAAGAGGUUAGUAAAUUAAUCGGUGGCAAUCGGGCUCGCAUAAAAGCCGCCAGAAGAGUUUUGGAGGAUAAAUCGAGAGGGAGAAAAUUGUCCGCGGAGGAAAAAGCGGAUGUGCAAGCUGAGUUAGACAAAGUUAAUUAUGAAUUAGAUGAAAAGUUGCAAGGGAUUGUAAUAGAAGAAUUAGAAAAAAAUAACCCGGACAGUUUCGCCGCUCUCUACUCUGAACUUUAUGAGCAAGGAAAAAUAGCGACCAGAUUAAAGUCCAAAACCGCGGUUAAUCGGUCUCAUGAACAACUAAUGAAACAGAUGCAAGUUCAAGAGGAGUGA